GGCGGAUCUCAGACAGUUUAGACGAGAAUUGUUACUAGUGAAGCCCUUCAGCGGGACAUCCUGAAGUUACACGCGUCUCCAAAAGUCGAAUGAAUACCGUUCAAGUCCGCGCGUGGAAAAGAAAUAAGUUCAAAGAUGUCUGUCAGUAAUCACGAGAACAGAAAGUCCAGGUCAAGCUCUGGGUCCAUGAACAUCCAGCUGUUUCACAAGACGUCACAUGCAGACAGCCUACUUACUCACCUCAACCUCCUCCGUAAGCGGCGUGUCUUCACGGAUGUAGUCUUGCGUGCUGGGCAUCGAGUUUUCCCAUGCCACCGUGCAGUUCUGGCAUCAUGUAGCCGCUACUUUGAGGCUAUGUUCAGUGGUGGCUUGAAGGAGAGCCGAGAUGCCGAGGUCAAUUUUCAUGACUCUUUGCAUCCUGAGGUGCUCGAGCUCCUGCUAGACUAUGCCUAUUCAGCCCGAGUGAUCAUCAAUGAGGAAAAUGCAGAGUCUUUGCUGGAAGCAGGCGAUAUGCUCCAGUUCCAUGACAUCCGUGAUGCAGCUUCAGAAUUCCUGGAGAAGAACCUGCAUCCGUCCAACUGCCUUGGGAUGAUGCUUCUGUCUGAUGCUCACCAGUGCCAGAGGUUGUACGAACUAUCCUGGCGAAUGUGCCUGGCGAAUUUUGCUAAUCUCUACCACACUGAGGACUUCCUAAGCCUGCCCAAAGAUAAAGUUCAGGAGCUUGUUUUUAGCGAGGAAUUGGAAGUUGAGGAUGAAAGUAUUGUCUAUGAGGCUGUUAUUGACUGGGUUAGAGCAGACAUUGGGAGGAGACACCUUGACCUUCCUGAUCUUUUACGUUGCGUUCGCCUUGCCUUGCUCCCAGAAACAUACCUGCUAAAAAACGUGGCAUCUGAGGAGCUUGUCAUGGGACACAAGGUGGGUCGUGAGAUUGUGGAAGACGCAGUUCGUUGCAAAAUGAAGAUCUUGCAGAAUGAUGGAGUUGUCACAGGUUUCUGUGCCCGACCCCGGAAGGUGAGCCAAGCCCUUCUGCUUCUAGGGGGCCAAACUUUUAUGUGCGACAAAGUAUACAUGAUUGAUCACAAGGCCAAGGAGAUCACCCCUAAAACAGACCUUCCAAGCCCUCGUAAAGAGUGCAGUGCUUGUGCCAUUGGCUGUAAGGUGUACGUCACAGGUGGUCGAGGCUCUGAAAAUGGGGCUUCAAAAGACGUUUGGGUCUAUGACACUCUGCAUGAUGAAUGGUCCAAAGCUGCACAGAUGCUUGUUGCUCGAUUUGGGCAUGGUUCGGCAGAACUUGACCACAUCCUGUAUGUAGUAGGUGGACACACAUCCCUUGCAGGGUCAUUUCCUGCUUCUCCAUCUGUGUCUCUCAAACAAGUGGAGCAAUACAACCCCCAAUCCAACAAGUGGACUCUGGUAGCUCCUCUUCGAGAGGGUGUGAGCAACGCUGCGGUCGUUGGGGCCAAAAACAAACUCUUUGCUUUCGGAGGGACUAGUGUCAACAGGGACAAGUAUCCCAAAGUUCAGUGCUUUGACCCCUGUGAGAACAGGUGGACAGUCCCGGCCACUUGCCCUCAGCUUUGGCGUUACACAGCGGCAGCAGUUGUUGGGAACCAUGUUGUGGUCAUCGGCGGAGAUACAGAGUUCUCCGCCAGCUCUGCUUACCGCUUCAACAGUGAGACGUUCCAGUGGACCAAGUUUGGCGAUGUGACCUCAAAGAGAAUCAGCUGUCAUGCAGUGGCGUCAGGGAAUCGCCUGUAUGUGGUCGGAGGCUACUUUGGGGCCCAGAGGUGUAAAACGUUGGACUGCUAUGACCCCUCGACAGACUCAUGGGACAGUAUAACAAGCGUACCCUAUUCGCUUAUCCCGACAGCAUUUGUCAGCACCUGGAAGUACCUCCCCUCUUGAAGAAAAUACAUCUCCUAUUUGAUGUUUCGGCAUUGGAAUGCAGUCGAGUUUCCCCCCCGCAAGGCUUGGGAAUGACGGAGGAGGGGAAAGAAAAUGCUUUUCCUCAUUUACAUUCACUGGAAAACAAGCUUUAGGUCAGUCGGGAUGGUAAACAUGCGUUUCUGAUGGCGAAAAGUUACCCACACGAGAUCCAGAAAGCAUUAUGAACGCAUGUGUACAUAAACUGAACUCUCUAAACUAGCCUGAGGUUCAACAGUUUAAAGUUUUGCUCAUUCGUAAACGUAGUAAUUAUUAACUUUUGUCUCCGGUUACUCACCUUAGUGCAUGAAAGAGGGCUCUUUGUGUUCUUGGUAAAACCUGGGUGACCUCUGAAAGAGGAAACAAAACCCAAAAUAUGUCAAAUAACUUCUUUUAUAUCAGACAUGCUACUUUGUAAUACACACUCAUUCAAAACAUUUCUCUGUUUAGCACUGUAUUUUGUUAUUAUAGUGGUAGAAAUAGCCAGACUUGGUUAACAGAGAAGUUUAAGUCUUAUUUCACUCUUUGCAUAAGGAAAAUGAAGCUUGAUAUUAUUUUUAAAGCAGUUUUGUCUUUUUUUUCUUUAAGUUCUCAAUUCCUUAAUGCAAAAAAAGUCAUUACCGUUACGAAAAAUAAUGUGAUUUAAAUUGUAAAAUAAUUGAUUUACACAUAUAAUUGACAAAUGAACAUGUUUUUAGGGUGUUUACAUUCUGGUAUUAUUUUUGAGUUUAAUUAAGACACCUUUGUUUCUAAAUUCUCAUCAAGGUAAGAACGAAUUGAAACAUAGUACCCUAAAAACGAAAUCUGACAAAUUACACUAUAACAAAAAGGUGAAUAAACGUAAAUAAAAAGCAGGCUUGAUUUUCUUUAUUCAAAAUAUUACUUUUCACUAUAAAAUGUCUAGUUUACAAUGUGAAUAACAUUCAGAGUUUGUAUUUAAGGUUGUUCAACUUCUAAAGCUCUGGAUUUCUUCCUAAUGGUUCUGUGCCAAACAUUAAAGCGUACAUAAACCUAGCAAACGUCUUAACGUUCUUGCUAUAGCUGUAGCCUUGUUUGCGCUCUCUGUUUGUAUAUUUGUGAAGCGUAUAAAGUGUUUUGUUAAGUAGAUUUUGCACAUUUUGUUAAGCCGCUGUCCUUCUCACUGUUGAACGGUCAUCUGCGCUCAUGAGGGUGUUUUCUUAAAAGUUAAGACUUUAGAAUGUGUUGCCCGAGGCCAAAGAAAGCAGCACAGAUAGAGACAUGUUACCAGCUAAAUCUUGUGAAUGUUGUGAAAUGUCUUAAUUUAUGUACAGUUUGUGUAUUUUAUUUUGGAUAUUUAAAGCCAAAUGUUAUUGUUUAUAGCAUCUGUCAGUCAUCUGAUGUGUUCUUUUUUAAAUAAAAUGUCUAAA